AUUCACAUAUUCACCAAUGUAGUAGCUGUCACAUUUCAUAAUUGGGGAUUAGUUUUUUUCGUUGAACUAAAAGAAAUUUAUUUUGUUCAGUUGAUUAUUGUGUAAUAAUGAUAUAAAUGAAUAAGGUUUAGAAAAGAAUGAAAAUAAUCAUGCACUUUGUUAGAUUCUCAAUUGUUCUACAAGAAAUCUAUUCACAAUAAAGAAAAUAAAUAAAUAGACGAGUUUUUUUGUUGUUGUUGCUAACUACCAUCUCAACAAAAAAGUAAGGAGAGUUAAUUAAUUUAAUCAUGAAAUUUAAAUUUACUCUCCUUACAUCAUGGACACUAUUACCAACGUCCAUACCAAAUACUGAUUGUGAAGAUAAUGAAGCAAUAUUAUUUGCACAAUACUUAACUGAAUAUACAGAGAAUAAAUAUGGUUUAAAUGUAUUUUGGCCAAGACAACGUGGUGAAGCAUUUUUGCAUAAUUCAUUCAAUUCAUUUGAAGAGAGAUUUUUAACACAUUCUGAAUAUGCAUUACUCAUUGUAUCUGGUCAAAAUGCAUCAUGUUUAAAUUGUAUUUAUCCAAGAUUUCUUGUAUUUCUUACAGCUAAAAAAUCAUGGACUGAAAGAAUUUUAAUAAUUUUUUUAAAACAACCAACAUAUUUAUUAAAUUUCGAUUUAAGUUUAUUAAAACAUCCACCAAUUUUAUUCAAUGAUGAUUCAACUAAUCAGUGGACUCAUGAUCAAGAAUCAUGGAUGAAAAUAGCAGAACUAAUAAAACAUAGAUAUAUUCCGUCAAUUAAUGAUAAUUUAUCAAGAUAUCUAUUUACGCCCACAGAAUAUUACAUUAGUCGAUGGAUGUCUAUCACAGAUCUGCGUGGACAACCAUUAGCAGUAAGAAUAACUAGUACUGGUCAGAGUGACUCGACUCCAACUAGCUGGUCUGAUCUCAGUGGUAUUGAACCAAUCAACGGAAUAAAAUGUGUUUUAGACACGAUAUAUCCGAUUGGACAACGUCUAAGCCAAUCAGCAUCUGAGUUUGAACAUUCACCCACACAAUCUCGUGACAUUACGCCUAAUCUACAUUUGCAUGUAAACAAUUUUAAUCGUAUUAGAAGAGUUAAUUCAAGAUGUUUUAUACGAAAACAUCAAUACAAUACAGUGUUUGGAUUAGAUCCUUGUUGGUCAGCUUUAUCUGGAAGUCAAUUAAACGUUAUUAACAAUAAUAGUGGAGUUAAAUGUCAAAUUGACGAAACAUCACAUUAUGAAAAUUUUUUGGAAAAACGUAGUAAACAUAACGUUGAAAUCGACCUUAUUUCUAAAGAAAGUCAAAUGUGUAUUCCGCAAAAACAAUCGAAAAUUAAAUCGUGUGAAUUUCUAAAUGAAUCUAUAUUAUCUUGUAAAUUAUCAAACCGUAUUAAUAAAUCAACCGGUGUUAUCAAUGAUGGCUCAGAGUACAGUAAUGUCAUUACAUCAAAUCAUACAAUAAAACAUCAUCAAAGAAAGAUUAAAUUGUCACCCAAAAAACAUUUCCUAUUCAAAGAACUUGAUCAUAUCUGUAUACCAUCAAAAAGGUUUAUAAAACUAUUCAAAUUCAAACGUAAAAAAGAUGCUCAUUCUAUUAGUGAGAAAUUUGGAACACAGUCACAAUUAGAACUAGCUAAAUCUGUAAAAACCUUAUAUGAUGUUGGACAAAGUUUAUUUGAACAUUCAGGAGAUAGUGUAAGUAAUCUGAGCAUACUUGAAAUUCAACAACAAAAACAACCAUCAUGUUCAUACAGUACUACUGAUAAAUUUAAUCUAAGUUGUUUAAGUAUUCACGUAGAUGUGAAGGAACAACCUGUCAAAGAUACAAAUAAUGAUGAUAUUUAUCAUCAGUCACAAUGUUUACAAGUUACACCGACUCAAUCACCGAACUUCUCUGACUCUGAAUUAUGGAGUAUGAGUCAAAUAGCUACUGAAGAUUGUACUAAUUCACUACAACAACAUCUCAUAUCAUGUUCAGAGAGUCCAGUAUUCGAUUAUUACACUAAUAGUAACAAUAAUGAUUAUAAUAAUAUUGAUCAAACAAAUGAGAUACGAUUACAGAAAUCAAUCACAAGUCCAAUAAAUGCAUCAAAGUUUUCAGAGAUAAGACUAUCACCAUGGUCAUCGUUAAAAAUAGGAGAUGGUCAACGGAGUAAAGAAUUCAAAUUAGAAAAAUCAAAUCAACCUACUGAUGCUACUGCUACUAAUAAUAAUAAUAGUAAUAAUAAUACCAAUACUACAACUAAUAUAUCAAAUGAACAUGGAUUAACUUGUAUUCCUUUGAACCAAAAAGCCGGUGUGCAAAAUGAUACAUUUUUAUUAUUAAAAUGUAAUUCUGAACAAUUCCUUGCAGAUCAACUAUCAAAUCCUUCAGUUAGUAAUAUAAACGAACUUAGAACAAGUGAAGCUUUAAAAUUAUGUAAUAAUAAUAAUAAUAAUGUAACUCACAACUUUAAUGGUCCUAUGAAAAGCCAAAUGUCUUGUACACUGGAUUUGAAGCCUUUUAGUUCAAAUUCAACCUCUUUCGAAGAGAGUAAAAAUGAUAACGAAUCAUUACACUCUCGUAUUUCGAAAUCAAAGCAAAAUUCUCCUCAAGAAAAUUAUGUUUCGUCAAUUUAUCUUUCGAAAACACAUAAUAAUAAUAGUGACAACGCAUCCUCUAAAGAUUUUACACAACUUUCGACUUUUCAACAAAAUUCAUUAAUUUCGCGAAUUGUGCAAAAUAAUAGUAUGUUGUCAGAGUAUAGUUUACCUUAUAGAAUAUCUGCAACAUGUGAUGUAAUUCAGAUAUUCCCUACUACAAAAAUAUAUGAUAUAAAUGAUAAAUCUGAAAAUAGUUUGUCCACUGUGAAAGUUACUGAUUAUAAACGAUCUAUCGGUACUCAUUUAAUAAACAAUAAUGGUAGUUUGAAUGUGGAUCCUCUUCAAAUAAAUCAAGAUAUCAAAGGGAUUAUGAUAUACCCUACAUUAGAACAACAAAAUCCCUACCCUAAUGAAUCAACUCCGUUGAAUACAGAUCAAAUGACGAUGAUCAAUUCACAAAUAGACAUUAACGUUAACUCUUCCAAGGACUUAUCAUUAAUUUGUGUAGAAUGUGAGAAUAAUUCGACAUUUGAUUCAUAUAUGAAUCCCUGCGUUAUAAACGACAUACAAACUUUAAAAAAGUCGUUGAUGGAGUCAGAAUGUACAACUCAUUUGCCAAUAUCAUUGAGUACUGAUACAUCUGAAAAUAACCAUGAUUUAAAUGAAAGUUUCAUUCAGUCACUGGACAAUAAUGCGGAAAACCCUGAAUACCUUAACGUUGUUACUGACCAUCAAACUAACCAAUUACAAUUUACAAAUAAAUGUUUGCCUAAGCAGCCCAGUGAACAAUUGACAACGACGCGAAUUAUUGAGGAUAUCACAGAAUUAUCGUCCGCUCAAGUUUCUACAUUAUUCAAACAACAAAAGAGGGAUCCAUUAAUUAUUCUUGAUCAUGCACAUGAUAUACACAUAGGUGAACGAUUGAGUGUCGGUUCACUUAAUGGGUCCAUCAGUGACCAAUUAGUGAAUGAUCAAUCAGUGCCGUCAAUCCAGGUGAAACAAAUCUUUUCAUCAAUUACGGAAACAUCACAUGAAUAUAUGAAACCAUUUUAUUUGAAAUCAGAUUUGAAUAAUGCCCGAACCUUUAAGGACAAUUAUUUGUUGGAUAAUUCAUGUCAAAAUUGGACGAUGGUAUUAUCAAAUGAGCUUACCAAUAAGAUAGAUCAUUCAUCGGAAACGAAAUAUGAUUUUGAUCAACUAACCAAAGGAAUGUCAAAUGACAGCGAAAAACUGUCCACUGAUCUUGAAAUCAACAAAUUACCAACCGAGAAAAAGGUUUCUUCAGACGAAAUAAGUCAGUCAUGGACAAUUUUACAACCCCAUAAUGAAAACGUAGAGGUUUCAGGCAAUAAGUUUCAUACACCUACUAAAUGUCACAACAAAAAGUUUUCCUUGAACGAGAACGAUAUUUCCAUUGAUGUCAGCUCGGCCAAAGGUGACCAUUUACAAGAUCCACAUGAUGAACUGACUAAUAGUGAGCAACCCUUUGUGACUAGUACCGCUGAAUCGAUAUCUUCAAAUGUUAAUACAUAUUAUACGGAUGGAACGAAUUUCUAUGUUACUGAACCGUUAUGUGAGAAUACCACAAUCGAUUUGACAAACUUAACUCAGUCAGUAAGAAUAUUAUCGAUUAGCUCUGAUAGUCUCAAUAAUAAUGUACUGGAUAUCGACGCUCAGUUCAAUAAAGUCAUUAAAACAGAGAAUGAUCCUAUUGACUCUCGAGUUAAGGAUGUUUUGCAAAAGUGUUCAUUAGAGGACAUGAACACUUUGCCAACUAUAAUUGACACAGUAAGUUCUUCAUCCAUACAAGUUCCAUUAUUAAUCAAAAAUAAGCCUGUAAAUUUUUUAAUUAACAAUAUCAUAUUAAAUGAAGACAGUUUAACUGCAGAAAUGAAAUUAUUAACCACACCAAAUGAAUUGCUGAGUGAUUACACAAUUACUGACUAUUCACUCGAAGAGAAGAAUACAUCGAGUCUUUUGUCAUCGUUAAAUACAAAUAACUAUUCUAGACUGAAGAUGGAUCAUGAAACUAAGAAUCAUUUCAAAAAAACAUUUUUUGACAUGCCUUUAGAAAGACAGUUUCACCAUGGAGAUCUUGAGAACAUCAAUGCACCCAGCAAAAAAAGACAUAAUGACAGCUUACAAACUACUAGUAAUUAUUUUGUUCCACCGAAAAAUUCAGGUGAAUUCCACGAGUUAGAACAAACUAUUGAAGACACUCCAGAUUAUAAUGAUAACGAAUCUUAUCCAAAUACAUUGACCUCGUCUGAUAAUCCCAUGACAAUAGAACCUAUUACAACUACAGGUACUGCCGUUGCUCAAUCUUCAAACCAAUCUACUACAAAUUCAAGUUCAUUAUCAAAUGUAAAUGAUAAUCUUGAAAAUAAUACUUUUACAGAACACUCUUCAUUAUUUCCCAUUGAUUCAGUAAAACAGUUUGUUUUGAAAGUACCAAUACCAGAUAAUACAGAAGGUUCAAUAUUCAAAAUAUCUGUCAGUAUGAUUCAUAAGGAAACUAGAGAUAAUGCUGGACAAUUGAUUAGUCUGCUCGAAAAGGAUACAAAAUCUACUAAUCAGCUAGAUUUAACAUCCAAGGAUGUAUUUAUCGAAAAUAAACAUACAUGUACAGUUCCAUUGAUUGCAUCUCAUCAUGAAGAGGACUGUCAUCAACCACGUAGCAUCGACUUGUCUGAGAAAACUGUUAACUUACUAGGAUUUGAUGACCCUUUCUUGACUGGAUUACUACAAGCAACUGAUGAAGAUAUGCUUUGGACCAAAAUUAACCAUUUGCAGUAUCCACAUGACCAGAGAACUAAUAGUGAGCAGCCAUUUAUGAAUGCUACCGCCGCAUCAUUAUCUUCAAAUGUAAACAAAUAUUGUUCGGACGGAACGAGUCUCAGUGUUAUCAAGCCUCUAAGUGAAAAUUGCUCAAUCGAUGUAAAGAAAUCAAUUCAACCUAUUCAUAAUAAUAAUACAUUCAAUACUGACACUCGAUCCGAGUUUACUAGUCAGUUAGAUGUGACAUAUAAAGGUGAAUUUAUUGAAGAUAACCAUGCAUGUACAAUUUUAUUGAUCACAGCUUAUAAAGAAGAGGGCUAUGGUCCGAUGUAUGGUAUAAAUUCGCCUUCAAAGGCGGUUGAUUCAUUAGGAAUUCAAAACUCUUCAUUAUCUAGAUUACUUGAAAGAAAUGCUGACAACGAUAACGAUUAUAUGGCUAGUGAUGCUACUACUACUACUACUACUACUACUACUACUACUACUACUACUACUACUACUACUACUACUACUACUACCACUACUACUACUACUACUCCAAGUGUUGCUCCUAAUGAUGACACCGUACCAUAUGAUUUAACUAUAUCUCCUACAUUUACCGAUAAAACAAAUAUAUUAUUAUCUAGUGAUAUUUCAGAUAAUAUUGAACUUAAGUUUAACAACAGUUUAUCUACACUACCACCAAGUCGAGAUAGUGAACAUUCAGUGAAUAAUUCAUUAAAUAAUUCCUUGGAGUUAGAUUUCAGGUCAACAAUAAAUAAACUGAAUUCUUUAAUGCAAUAUGAAUAUGAGUUUACCGAUAACAAUAAUAAUUAUUGGAUUGAUCCUGGUAGUUUAAACGAAGAUGUUGAAACUAUAGCACAACCAAUGAGAUCGAUUGCAAUUGAAAACUCUUUAGAACAGCCAGAAUGUACAUUGAAUAUUUAUAAUACACCAUCACAACAGUUAUCAGUAGUACCAACAACAGCAGCAACAAUAACAACAACAUUAACAACAAUACGAAAUCCGGUUCAUCCAAUCAAUGAGAUUUAUAUUGAUGAAGACUGUAUUACUCAUUUAUCAUUAGAUGAUAAAAGUACGAAAGGUAUUCUGGGACCUAAGAUUGAUAGAAAUAAUGAAGAACACAACUCAAAUCAACGUUUUAAAUUCACUUCAGGAGCUUACAAUCUUUUUAUUUCAGUUUUGAAUUUGGGUAUCGGGAAAAAUCUAUUGAUUUACUGACUUAAACUCAUGCUAUUUACGCGAUCGCUAUUAUUCAUGUUAUUUCUUUAGCAACAUUAUAUGUCCCAAGACAUAUUUACUGGUUAUAUGGUGCAACAUUUACACCAAGGUGGCAAUUUCAUCGAAUAAUGGCUGGUUGUGGAAUGGAAUUAUACAGUGUAAGAUUGAGUCAUCCAAUAAAUGUAGCAGGUGUAUUCAUUGGUUUCACUUUAGCCUCACCAUAUUUAAGAACAUGGCCAUAUAUUCUAUCUGGAUUAAUGAAUUCAUCAGAAAUUAAUGUGUUCAAUCCUAUAUAUUGGAUAGAUAGACCUAUAUUAGAACAUAUUGGCUGUUUAUUAUAUAUACUACCAUCUUCAAUACGUUGGGGCAGUACAGUUAUUGUUAAUUCGUUUCAACAAUAUCCAUGUUCACUAGCAAAUCCACUGGAACCAUCAUCAUCAUAAUCAGCAGCAGCAUUAUCAUAAAGAAGAUACGAAUGAAUAGUUAAAUUUAAAUAUGCCUUUAGUUCAGAAAAAUACCGUUCUUGUACGCAUCAAAAUAUCCUCAAAACACUUUGAAUAUCACACUUAAAUAUACAUUUUAAACAUUCUAUCUAAAUAUAUUAUUACGGUAAGACUAUGAUUUAUGGACGAACCAAUCGGGUAUAAAAUAACAGGCCUCGGAUUUUGGCGCGAAAUUCACUCAUCCAUCUGACUAAAUAGAGUCUUGGCAUUAUAGCUGAUGUCAGCUCGUGAUUAUGUAAUUUCUAACCCUAACCAUUAAUCCUUAUUUUUCAAACUGCUUUAUAACCUUCAUUUAGCCAUAGUAAGUAGGUAGACACUCAUAAGGUCACCUUGGCAUCGCUCAAAAAUCGUCCAUAAAUUAUAAUCUCACCAUUACUACUGCAUAAACAAGUUCCUUACCUACUUCAUCCAUUCUUUUUUAGCAAUAAAUUUUUUUUGUAUUUAUACUUUUCAGUUGUUUUUUUGAAAAUUCAAUAUUCACAUUCAUUCAUUGUUUUAAUGGUGAUAUCUAAUUGUGGAGCACUUUUCAUUUUAUUUGGUUAAUGAUUUAAUGUUAUUUAUUAGAUUUUUUUGUUUGAUUUUCAUAUAGAAAUAUAUUCUCUUUUAAUUAUUUUCUUGAUUCAGAAUUCUUUUCUUUUACAUUUCUACUGUGAUAUGAAGUUGGUCUUUUUGUUUUUUUAAGCGCGAAAAAAAAUGGGAAAACAUAAAUGAUAAAUAAAUCAUAAAUAAUUAACAAUAGUACAACACCAAAGUCAUUAUUGUCAUUUAUAUCACGAAUAAACAAACAAUAACAGCAAUUAAUCUUCUAGUCAGUCAUUGUGAAAUAAGCUUGUGAUGUAAAUGACAGUACGUGUGUUUCAUGAUGUAAUUGUUGACAUUCGUUUUUCGGGUAUUAUCAUACUUCUUGCUGUUGUUAUUAUUAUUGUUAUUGCUUUUAAAACACUGUAAAGUAAUUGAGAAACAAUGAACACCUUCAACUUAACACACACAGUACCAGAGAAUAAUUGAGAUUACUAGUAGAAGGCAUUUGUUUUAUUAAUUGCACAAUUAUUGUUAUUACUAUCUUGUAUUAUUUGUUAGAUUCAUUAAAAAAUAUAAUUAAGUACACCUUC